ACGCACAAUCGUCAUGGCUGCCUCCAUCGUACGCAGCGUCUUUGCGCCGUCGCUGCUGUUGCUACUGUCGCUGUCUCUCUGCUGUUUCGCGCAGACCACCACGACCCCCUCGACCCCCUCGACCCCCUCGACCCAAGCCACCCCAACGAGCACGGAGAUUCCGGGAAGCCAGACCACGGCCAAGGGCAUGAUUCCCUGCCUCUGCGACUUGAGUCAAGAUGGCUGCGAUGUCAGCUGCGGCUGUGACAACGACUGCACAGCCUAUGAACGCGAAGUAUUCACAUCAAGUCCACAAGACCGAUGGGCGCGUGUGUGUGUGCCGACCUCCACAUUCUUCAAACACAACACCCCCUACAGCCUCGACGACAGCCGGCCCAGCCUGGCCUGCAUCACCCACAAUGACUUUUCGUGUCGAAACUUCUACCCGGUCAUGCGCAACAUCACGGAAUUCGACAAAGAAGUGUUGCAAAGCGGAGUGGGUACAGCGUUCAUGUGGGUGGAGAAGACACCAGAAGCUUGCACAACAAGACCAUACAGGGUGGGUGACCCUAUUGAGGUUGUGUUCGAGUCUAAUGUACGAACUCGUUUCUCUGUCCCUGUCCCCGUCUCUCCAACCGGAAUCUGUGGGCGUGGUGGCCCUGUGGGGUUUCGAAUGGACCGUUCAGUAUCGUGCCUGCGUUUGAUUAGUGACCUCAAAACGGCAUGCACAGAAAACUCUUUCCUUGACGGGAAAAUCUUCACCACCUUCAGUUUCCUCAAGGUUCUUCUGAAUGAAACUACUCUGCAUCAAGAAGUCGAUUUGGUCCCCGUCAUAUGGCAAGAUACACCCAAAAAUGUUAGUUGGACCUCGGACCACUGUGCAAAUGCAUUGAUAAAGGUUCAGUUCAACGUGCAGUAUAAUGCUGCCUCGGGCUACAUUGAUAACGUGACGGCAAUAAUAGACCAGGCGAACUUGACACCCAUCAACUCCUCCUUACUUCAGACAUUCACUGUCUCCUUCGUUUCGAAUGAGAGGAAUAUACCUACCAAGCGUAGUGGGAACCCAGGAUACCUUUGGGAUCAUCCACUGCUUGGCAUCUCAAACACUUCCACGCGAAUUCAAGUUCAUCUCCCGACUGACACGGACUGCGAUCGUCAGCGUCGGCCGGCUCUCUUUGGAGUGCAAACCUUAGCUGGAUGCACCCUCAGGCUGGACAAUCAAACGAACUGCAUGGAAAUACAGCGCCGUGUGUUGAACGCAUGGCUCGGUAACGGAAACCAAAGCUAUCCGGAGAACCUGACACAGUGGGGAGACGCGAUGGAUCUGAAAAUGGAGGCACCCUCUGUACCCAUCGUGGGAUUGGCCACACUUUUGGAGGGGUUGGAAUGCGACGCUCUCAAUUGUACGCUGACAUUGUCCGCAAAACUCGACGUGCUGUGGUCGCUGCACGGGUCCCUGGAAAACCCACAGAGGCGCGUGGUCGGGGCACGGAUCAUUCCAGGACGAACAAAACCAGUACGCUCACUUACUUGCCAACUCACAUGGGCACACACACACACUCAAAUCACUCACUAUCAAACAGGCAUGCUCACUCACAAGGGCAAACGCACACAUAGGCCCGCUCACUCACUUGCACUCACACAUACUCAUACACGUGUAAUGUGAGGAUAUAUCCGGGUUGCUGAUGGAUCACACCUCGUUACGAUGAUUGGCUCUGCCGGUCCUGGCCCAUAGCCAAUGGGAGGAAGUCUAGGGGCGUGGCCCUGACGUAAUGGGAAGGUGACAUCUGUAAGUAAAGGAUUGGUUCUGCUGGCUUUAGCCACAGCCAAUGAGGGGACGAUUCAGGGGCGUGGUCCCGGGAGCGUACGAUGGAGUCUAGAAGAUUCCAUAGAGGUUAACCAGGAUUGGUGGAAAGGUACCAUGUGACCCGGGUAUUAAAAGGGGUGGAGACGAAAAACACGUGGUCAGAUCUGGAACGAACGGAGGGUGAGGCCACGCUGGAGCGGGGUCCAGGCUGCCACGUGGCCGCGCGUCUCUCUCUCUCCCUCUCUCCCUCUCACGCUGUCUGUCAGCAGCGUGAAGGAGUAAGAUAGGAGUGUUGUGAACGAAAGACAAAUAAAGACCAGAUUCCAGAAGUCGCUUCCACGACCUUUAUUACACAGGCACGCUCCCGAGUAUGUGUAGUACAGAAUGGGUCCCUGUGUCCGCAUAUAACUGUGUGUACUCAUGUACAUGCCUCUAUCUACAUAAUGUCCCAAUAUACCUGGGUCUUCCAUCGGAGGUUUUUGGGUUAGAUCGCGUAAAUAUAUCAAUGCGUUGUUAAAAACCGCCACCACCCGACACAGCCAACUGGUAAGGGUUGUCACCUAAACAGAACAUUCCAAUUCGUCACUAGUACAGCACUAACCGGUGUGUUGGAGAGCAAAGCAACAAUAUUUACAAUCUGAGUACGACGUUUCGCCAGUAAUUACAAUGAGCUUCAUCAGGCGACAGCCAGAUUUGUGGAGAAGUCACCUGUUUCGUUCCUUA